CCUAGGAAGGAUCCUACAGAGGCAAGGCAAGACUCCUUCCCUAGCAUCUAGUGAACACAUCCUGGAACAAGCUAGCGAGUGUCCUCAGAUAUAUGUCAUCAGCGCUCAGCAAACUGAGGAGGUUUCAGACUACUGUGAUUAUUAUGGCACUCUCUAAUGUUGUUUUACAAUUUGAACAAAUGUAUCUAUUGUCAGUCAUGUGACUUUUAGGGAGAAUAUAUUUCUGGAUUAAACUUUAUAAACCAAACAGGUAAAUGAAACUUUUGUGGCACUUCGCGCCCCAUCGCUGCUGUAAAUGACUAAUCAUAGGGAUUAGGAGGUUAUUCACUGAGUGCUGAUCCGUAAGCAGCAGGUAUCCAACAGCCACAGCGCCUAAAAAAAAAAACCAAACAAAUACAAUGAGGAGAAACUUUAAACAGGAGUGAAUCUGGGGUCUGCUUUUACUUUCACUUUGACUGCUGAAUGUAUUUACAGACAGUAACUGUCACCAUUAUCGUCAUAGAGUCAUGUGAUCACAGCAGGGACAGUGUAAGACUCAGGUUGUAAUACUACUAAUCUCUUUACAGUCCUUCAGAUCUCAGUCCUGGCUUGCUUGUUGACACCUGUGGUUCCCAUGGAAACAGCAGGUGGAGAUGGAGAUAAAGUUGUGCACCACCACCAUCACCUCUGACACUGAUGAUGAUGAUGAUGAUGAUGACGACGACUACGCAGAGCUCUGUCAUGUUGCUGCUGCAGGUUUAAACUUUGUGUAAAUCAGUCACUUUGGGCAAUGAAAGGAUUUCAGGAGCUCUUUUACUUCUCAUUGUUAAUAACAUAAUCUAGUUAAAGCUGCAAUAAUCAAAACUUAUAUUACAGAAUUAUCAUGUCUAGCAUCUCAGCUCCUUGUUUUGUAUGUUUGUUUUUGAUGAAAUUCACAGGAACAACUUGAUGAUCUGAACAAUAAUCUUUGUUUUGUUUUCAUCUCGUGUUGCUAUAAGGUCACUAAACAGGUUUAAAUGUGACAAUAGCUGAAUUCAGAUAGUCAGUUCAUGAUGACACGGCGUCUUUAUGUAAGCUGUAUUUAAACUCUCACAUUUACAGAGCUCCACCAUGGUAGCUGAGCAAAAUAUGUCCGACUUAACACAUCCAAAGAAUCCAAUGUCCACCGAAAAAUAUUCCAGGCCCCGGGGCCUCCUACCUGUUGGACGUGCCCGGAACACCUCUAACAGGAGGGGCCCUGGAGGCAUCCUGAUCAGAUGCUCAAACCACCUCAACUGACCCCUUUCAACGCAAAGGAGCAGCAGCUCUACUCCGAGCUCCCUCUGGAUGUCCGAGCUCCUCACCCUAUCUCUAAGGCUGAGCCCAGCCACCCCACGGAGGAAACUCAGUCACUACCCAGAGCUCAUGACCAUAGGUGAGGGUUGGGACGUAGAUGGACCAGUAAAUCGAAAGCUUCGCCCUCCGGCUCAGCUCCGUCUUCACCAUGACGGUCAGGCGCAGCACCUGCAUCACUGCAGAAGUCGCAUCUAACCACCGAUCCAUCUCGUGCUCCAUUCUACCCUCACUCACACACCAUUAUUUCUGUCUCACAUCUCCUUCUUCAGCCAUCAUCACGAUACAUCCAAAAAUCAUCACACACAGAAAAUCGUUAAAGAAACAUUUACACUCUUUUACUCAUGAUUCACAUCCUGACAAACAUCAACAGAUACCCUCCCUCCAGCCCAUUCCAAAAACAACAAGACAAACAGACAAGAUGGCGAUGACCAAAAUGGCAACCUCGAGGCUUCAAAACAAGAGUCCACAAACCAAUGAUCCCUUAAAUCACAUUCAAAGCCCCCAACAGUCUGUGGAGUCCGUCAGUUUCAGAGUGUGAUCCGAGUGUGAACUGACACAGAUGUACAAACAUAAAACUCCAGACACAGACAAAAUGUUGAUGCUGUCUUUUUACUGCAGGAGACAAACAAGUGAAAUUAUUUCUUUAAAGGACCCGAUGGUGUGAGCUGAAACUCCUCAACAUUAAAUAUACAUACUAACAUGAAACAUCGACAGUGUUAGAGAAGAUAAAAGUCGAUAUUAAAGACAAAACAAUCAUUAAUAUUCACAUGAUUUUGUUUGAUUUAAAUGUCAGACUGAGUGAGGAGCUGCUCGUCUCCAAAUGUCACUUAAGCUGCUUUCAUGUGAGUGAUGGACGAGUCUUCCUCCUCCUCCUCUUCCUCCUCCUUUGAUGGGAGACAUUUGGCGCUGCAGGCGGAGGAGACGGAGGAAAGGUAUCACCUGCUAUCUGCUCAUAAAGCUUCUUCAUCAGAGCAAGAAGAAAGCAGCCGCAGCUCCUCCUGCCCGCUCACCGCUCUUUCAUUUCCUGUCUGACAGGAAAUUGAGUGAGCAGGCGGGUGAUAGCGGCAACUUAUCCAGCCUCCAUCUCUGAGGCUUUUAUUGAGGUGGAGGCUGCUUUGUGAGGAGGGACUGUCACUCAGCUCCACCUGCCCACAGUGAGCUCAGUGAGGCGAGGUGGAGGCUCAGCAGAGCAGCCGUCUGACGCUCAUUAUAGAAACAACACAAACAUGGUCAUGAAGGAAAAACCACAGAAACAGGCUGAAAAACAUCAGCAGAGAAAAAUCAUGAAGACAGAUCCACAUCAGCUCGCUGAGGAGAACUCACAAACAGCUCGCUGUGAAUGAGGCACAUUAAAAAACAGCUCUGAAAAGUUGCUUCACAUUUUACAGCUACAAACUGAGCUUUUAUCUCUUUUUAAAAUCAUAUUUUUUGUGUUUAAAUCUGGUCUGUUUGCUAAAUGUCAUGUGACACAAUAAAUGCAACUUUAAAAAAUUUACUUAUCUGUCAAUAAUAGUUUGACAGUAAAAUAUGUGCUGAAAAAGAAAAUGAUUUUCAUAAAACUUUUUUUUAGCUGUUACUGUUAACAAAAGUCAAACCAAAAUAUAACAUAUUAACUAGCUUUAGAGAAGCUGGGAGGUUAUCUUUGGACAGAGCUAGGCUGUUUACAGUCUUCAUGCUAAGCUAGCUGUUUGCCCCUGUUGACAGUCUUUCUUGAUUAGCUAAGCUAGCUGUUUCCAUUUGUUUCCAGUCUUAAUGCUAAACUAAGCUAGCUGUUUCAAGUCUUUAUGCUAUGCUAAGAUAGCUGUUUCGAUCUGUUUCCAGUCUUAAUGCUAAACUAGCCGUUUCAAGUCAUUACGCUAAGCUAACUGUUCCCAGCUGUUUACAGGCUUUAUGCUAAACUAAGCUAUCUGUUUCAAGCAUUUAUGCUAUACUAAGCUAGCUGUUCUCAUCCCCUUCCAGUCUUUAUGCUAAGCUAAGACCUUUGUUUCAAUCUGUUUUCAGUUUUUAUGCUAAGUUGAGCUAGCUGUUUACAGUCUUUGUGCUAAGCUAGGCUAGCUGUUUUAAUCUGUCUCGUCUUUAAGCUAAAUUAAGCUAGCUCUUUCAAUCUGUUUACAGUAUUUAUGCUAAGCUAGGCUAGCUGUUUUAAUCUGUCUCCAGUAUUUAAGAUAAAUUAAGCUAGCUCUUUCAAUCUGUUUACAGUAUUUAUGCUAAGAUAGGCUAGCUGUUUUAAUCUGUCUCCAGUAUUUAAGAUAAAUUAAGCUAGCUCUUUCAAUCUGUUUACAGUCUUUAUGCUAAGCCAGGCUAGCUGUUUUAAUCUGUCUCCAGUCUUUAAACUAAGCUAAGAUAAGCUAGCUGUAUCAAUCUGUUUACAGUCUUAAUGCUAAGCUAACUAGCUUCAUGUUUAGUGUACAGACAUUACAGUGGAGUUGGUGUGAUCAUGUGACUCAGAGAGAAAGAGGGGAGGAUUGAAGUAAAUGUUGAACUGUUGAGCUCUCAUGAAUCAGCUGUGUGUGUGUGUGUGUGUGUGUGUGACUUCUCUGUUGUUUAUGGUCCUGUCAGAUGUUAGCAUGACGCCAACAGGUGAACAUAGUAAACAUUAUAUACCUGUUUUACAGUCUGUUUAUUUUUAAUGUCUUUUUUUUAUUUCAUCAUAAUAUCUGUAUUUUUAUUCAGCAGGUAUAGAAUGAAUGUUUAUAAAGUUUUAUUCAGGGGAGAAAUCUUCAGUGAAUCAGCAGCAGAAGGAGGAGCUGCUCUUCUUCCCGCCUUCCUCCCUCCCUGUGUCAGUAUUUAAGAGGAGGCGUGCCAGUGCGGGGUCGGCGUCGGGCCGACACAGUGUGUGAGUGCAGCAUCAUUGUGAGGAGCGUCAGAGUGAGGCGUCAGGCUGGAGCCCUGGUACUCCUACACCCACUGGUUCCCCAUGGCCUCGUCCCAUGUGAUGAAGCCCGGCCCCAUGGAGCCGGUGCCCCGCAUGCAGCCAGCCAUGAUGAUGUUCUCCAGCAAGUACUGGUCCAAGAGGGGGCUGUCCCUGGACUCGGCCAUGUUCCACCAGCAGCAGCAGAGACACACCGGGGGGCAGAUGUCGAGGCGUCCGUCCUUCUGUCCCAUCAACGAGACGCCGGACAAAGAGGGCGCUGAAGAGAGUGGGAAGACGGCGGUGGUGUUCUCUCUGAAGAACGAGGUUGGCUGUCUGGUCAAAGCUCUGCGACUCUUCCAGGAGAAGCGAGUGAACCUGAGCCACAUCGAGUCUCGGAUGUCAAAGCGAGUGUUGAACGAGGUGGAGAUCUAUGCCGACUGCAACUGCAGUAAAAAAGAGUUCAACGAGCUGCUGCAGCUUCUCAAAGAUCACGUCAACAUCAUCUCCUUCAACACACCUGCACACGUGUGGUCAGCUGAGGCAGAUGGAGACGAAGUUCCCUGGUUCCCCAUGAAGAUCGCUGAGUUGGAUCAGUGUUCUCACAGAGUGUUGAUGUACGGAUCAGAGCUGGACGCUGACCAUCCUGGCUUUAAGGAUGAAGUUUACCGUCAGAGGAGGAAAUACUUUGUGGAAGUGGCCAUGAACUAUAAAUUCGGGCAGCCCAUCCCUCGUAUCGAGUAUACCCAGGAGGAGGUGAAGACGUGGGGGGUGGUGUUCAGAGAGCUGACCAAGCUGUACCCGACUCACGCCUGCAGAGAAUACCUGAAGAACCUGCCGCUGCUCAGCAAACACUGCGGUUACCGUGACGACAACAUCCCCCAGCUGGAGGACGUGUCCCGGUUCCUCAGAGAGAGGUCUGGUUUCACGGUGCGACCGGUCGCAGGUUAUUUGUCUCCCAGAGACUUCCUGGCUGGUUUGGCCUACAGAGUGUUUAACUGCACUCAGUACGUUCGUCACAGCACCGACCCGCUCUACACACCUGAGCCGGACACGUGUCACGAGCUGCUGGGUCACGUUCCUCUGCUGGCUGAUCCAAAGUUUGCUCAGUUCUCUCAGGAGAUCGGUCUGGCUUCUCUUGGAGCGACUGAUGAAGACGUUCAGAAACUGGCCACAUGUUAUUUCUUCACAAUCGAGUUUGGACUCUGCAAACAGGAUGGUCAGCUGAGAGCUUAUGGAGCCGGUUUACUGUCGUCUAUAGGAGAGCUGAGGCAUGCCCUGUCAGAUGAGGCCUGUGUGAAGAUGUUCGACCCGAAGACGACCUGUAACCAGGAGUGUCUCAUCACCACCUUCCAGGAGGUUUACUUUGUGUCUGAGAGUUUCGAGGAGGCCAAAGAGAAGAUGAGGGAGUUUGCUAAGAUGAUCAAGCGUCCGUUCUCGGUGUACUACAACCCGUACACUCAGAGCAUCGACCUGCUCAAAGACACCCGCGGCAUCGAGAACGUGGUGCAGGACCUGCGCAGCGACCUCAACACCGUGUGUGACGCUCUGGGCAAGAUGAACACCUACAUGGGCAUCUGACACGUCACACCUGAGUCACCGCUGAGCUCUGAUUGGUUUAAAACAUCACAUCACACCUGUGUUUGUCUCUCUGAGCUCUGAUUGGUUCAAAACAUCAGUGGCACGUACCUGUAACAGAAACGUGUAAAUAAGAUUUACUACAUUCCACAUGACGGUGUUGCUGUCUAACUGUGGAGGACAGAAGCUGCCAAAAUUGUAAAUAAAUAAAUGACUCUUAACGUGCCAUUAAAUGUGACAAAAAUAAUAUUAUAAAGAAGCAUAGACAUUGUAUUAAUUCCUCUAUUUAUUUACUUUCCCUUUUAUUUAUUUAUUUGUAUUAAUGUUGUAAUUUAUUUAUUUGUUGAUUCUGGCAGGUUCCAUCCUCCAUACCUAAUCAAUCAGCUGUAAUAAAGGGGUGAUAAACUGUCAGUAAAGGCUGUAAUCAUGCUUAAUAACAUCAUUCACUGAUGCUUUAUAGAUAGUAUUAUUAUUAUGAGCAGUUACCUUUGAUACAGGUUGUGAAAAGCUGCUGCUGUAAAUCCUUUCUUUCGGUUAAUAAUAAUAAAUGUUUUCCGUUGUGAAGAGAGCAGAGCCUAACUUUGA